AUGCACAGACCUCCGGGCUUGUUCACCGAUUGGUGCAUUGUAGAAACCAUGCAGACUGCAUGCAGAGGCACUUCAUGGGUACUUGCUGCAGCUGCGGGAGGAGACUGUGCAUUUGCGCACUUCCACAAGCACAGUGUUGUGGUGGAUGCACUGACCAGUUCACGAAGUCACCAAGCUCACUUGACUUUCUUCGGUUGUGGCCGGAGUGAGGAGAAAUGUGCAGGUCACGAGGCUGGAUCCACAGACAAGGGCUCGAACUUGAGUUUGGCGGAUGCGGGGGACUUCUUCCAAGACAAAACAUUGGUGCAGGCCAAGGCAAGAUUCCGACCACCACGGCCCAAUUCUCAAGUUUGUGUGACCCAUGGACUCUACUGGCCGAAAGCUCUCCUAGAUAUGCUAGGUGUUUCCACGCAUGCGACGACGCCUAGGCCACCAACUCCUCCCCCGAAUCUCAUUGGAGUUCGGCACGCAGGACAGUAUUUCCAUGACCACAUUGGGUCAUCUUUGGAUGCUGCGAGCAGUCCGUGCGAGUAG